AUGUCGAUACCAAGUUUCACCAAUCUCAUCCGCUUCUUGGAUGAAGAUUCAGUCGAGGCGUAUGGGGAGGUAGCCCCGGAGUCGUUGGACAACAUUGAAGGCUCGGUAGUGAAGGUUAUGGGCCAAGAUAUUGAGUACCUUCGAGACACCGGCAAGACAGCAGUCGUCAAGAAGCUACUGGCACCACUGCCGCACAUGGAAAUGCCCGCAAAUCCGGUAAUAUUCAUGAAGCCUGCAGACGCUCUCGCCGGUCCGUACGAUGAUAUCACGAUACCCAAAGAGGCGCACUUGAUGGACUACGAGGGUGAGCUAUGCAUCAUCAUUGGGAAGGACGGAAAGGAUAUCCAACCACAAGACGCCUUGGAUUACAUCCUUGGUUAUACGGUUGGCAAUGAUCUCUCCUCCCGUUACUGGCAGCGGCCACCUCGAGCAGGAGGUCAGUUCUGCUAUGCCAAAUCGUUCGACGGUUUCGCGCCCAUCGGACCGACGAUUCUAUCACCACAUGUCGCGACAGCGGAAUCUCUCCAUCUGACCACAAAGGUCAACGGCGAGGUUCGGCAGCAAUCCCCAAUUUCGGACAUGAUCUUCAACGUCCGAGACAUUAUCUCUCACUGUUCUCAGGGAACUACAUUGCGUAAGGGAACGAUCAUUAUGACGGGCACGCCAAGUGGCAUCGCGGCCAAGAUGCCUGAUUCCCCCUGGAUCCAAAAGGGGGAUGUUGUCGAGGUGACUGUCUCACAUAUUGGGACUCUUAGAAAUAGGCUAGUUUCAGAGAACGUUUAG